AUGAAUAUGCCACCUGUUCCACCACCUAAACCGCGUACUAAUCAUGAUGAAGGAAAUCAUGAUUAUUAUUCACACAUAACCAGUCAGCGAUACAAUGAUUUGAAUCUUAUUAUUAGGCCAACAGAGCAGUUGGCAACGAGAGCUCAUUCAGCUUUGCCUGCAACAGUUCGACCAGCGGUAAUUUCACGUCCGUCUAGUCCAGCAGAUGAUCGAUCUACACUUCAAAUAGAACCUGAUCUUAUCGCUAAAGGGAGGUACGAUCCAGCAAGUAAAUGUUUUUCCUAUGCACCAGCUCGAGCUCUUAACGAACGCUUCACAACGCCAAAAAAAGCAAUACAGUGGCAUAAAAUUGAGGAUCGUUCCAAUUUAUUGGAUAAUGAAUUAAGCACAUCAGAUAUAAAUUUAUCAAUCGCUUCCUCUGAAUUAAAUCGACGACCAACUACACCGAAAUGGGAUGGCGAAAUCGCGAAAGUUUGUUGCUUUAUUCCAGUCUCUUCGAAAGAUUCAGAUCUUCGGCUUUUGCCCACUGACAAGAGCAAAUUAUCCGAGUCACUAAAUAAUCGAGUGAUGCGAUUCAUGAGCGAUUCAUCCAUCGCCAUCUAUCGCUAA